CACGCAGUCGCUGCAGAGUGUACACCAACAAACCUCUUCUGUUCCCCCUCUGCACUGCACAAAUAAGUCGUGUUUUCCGGUGGCAAGUACUAAACAAACUUUGAACCCAGACCAGACCAGACCCGACCCUAAGCUCCUUUGUCUCUCUUGACAGUUUCCCCGUGAGGGAGGCACGCACGCUGCACUCUUCUAUCUGCACUACUUUGGGAAUUGAAUCUUAUUGUUGGCUGACCUGGCCCCAAAACCUAAAAAAUCACCAGGGAAAUGCAAAGGGCAUGAAGCGGGAGCACCAGGCCGAAUGCGGGGGCUGCAGCGUCCCAGGGCGGUUGCUCCUCCACAACGUCCGUUAUAGAGCCAGCUACCGACGUCUGUGCACCAACUGCGUCCUGAAGAACCACCAGGGCCUGUUCUGUCCUAUCUGCCUUGAGGUGUUCAACGAGUCCCCUCCUCCUCAUCAGCGCCUCAUCUGCCUCAAAUGCCCCUCCAUUUCUCACCUCUCCUGCUCCUCCUCUUCUUCCCAAUCCUCCUUCACCUGCCCUCCUUGCUCCAACCCUAAUUUCUCCUUCUUUAAUGUCGACCCCAACAUAACCAAUAAGAAACCUAAGUCAACGCCCGAUCAUCAGGGAGGAUCUAACGACGACCACGACAACGACAAGAAGAAGAGGGUUAUUGACAGGGAGGCGGCUAAAGCGCUUCUGGCUGCUGCUAAGAUCGCGGCUGCCUCCAUGAGUAAAGCUGCGGCCGUUGCUCGAGUGGAGGCUGAGAGGAGGGUCAAGGAGGCUACUUUGGCAAAGAAGAGGGCCAAAGAGGCUCUCGAGAGACUCGCCUUUUUGGCCCGUAAGGACAAUGAUAGACUUAAAUCCGCCCUCGUAGGCAUACCAAAAUCUAAAACUGCUGCUGCUGCUGCUGCUAUAGCUGACCCCAAAACCAACGCUUUAUCUCCAUCUCCUCUUCCUGAAAAGGGGAAUAAUGGUUUAUAUUCUGUUUCUGCUGCUAAUGCUCCCAUUCCAAUUCCCAAGUUGCAGCGACAACACAGCGCUCAUGGUAUGCCUAAUUGAUCAUUGGGAUUUCAGAUAAUGUCCGUUAAUUGUUUGUUUUUGUUGGGUUCCUUUUUUUCUUUUACCUUUGUUCAUGUCUUUGUAGAAAUGAUUUAGGAAGGGAAUAGCGUGCAUUUCUGUACUCAGCUUUUUGUUUCGUUCUUAUUUAGCUCUCCGUACUGCCUGUAUGUAUUUUUGUUAAGGCCAUUUGUUUCUCUUCAUUUGCUUCCUUGCCUUCUUUGCUUAAGUAAAAGUUAAACCUUUCUCCUUA